AUGGCCAUCGCAGCUUCACUUUGCGGUGAUGCGAAUGAGCAAGAGAGUGGUAUCAUCGAUAUCGAUGAAAUCCAGGCCCAUGGUAAUCCGCAAAGUGCUCUUGAUCUUUUGCAACUUUGGGUUCUAACUGAAGCAGGUAUCUCUGCCUCGGAUAUCGCAAAAUUGAGAUCUAACCUCAUUCAUACUGUUGGAACUCUUAUUAAUACGCCCAUCCGAAGAUUGGUUAAAAUCAAAGGUUUCUCCGACAUCAAGGCUGAGAAAGUCAAGGAAGCUGCAAAGAAAGUAGCCGGCCCCAACACUGGUGGUCAAUUCGUCACUGCCGCUGAGCAUGGCCACUUCCGAAAGAAGUGUAUCAGAAUUUCUACUGGUAGCAAGCAGUUGGAUGCUUGUUUAAACGGUGGAUUCCAAACUAUGAGUAUCAGCGAGGUAUACGGGGAGUUCAGAUGUGGCAAGACUCAAUUGGCACAUACAAUGGCAGUCAUUGCUCAGCUUCCUAAGGAGAUGGGCGGAGCCGAGGGAAAGGUGGCCUAUAUUGAUACUGAAGGCACAUUCCGCCCAGAAAGAAUUUCGGAAAUAGCAGAGCGAUUUGGUGUCGAUCCUGAUCAAGCUCUCGAAAAUAUAGUUUAUGCUCGUGCACAUAACACUGAGAUGCAGCAGGAAUUGCUCGAGGGCCUUGCCCAAAAUUUCGCAACUGAUGAAUACCGUCUCCUCAUCAUUGAUAGCAUUAUGGCUCUCUAUCGUAGUGACUUUAUCGGACGUGGUGAGCUUUCCGAACGACAAGGAGCCCUCAACGCGUUUCUGCGUAAGGCAACACAAAUGGCGGAAGAAUUCAAUCUGGUUGUCUUCAUGACAAAUCAAGUAAUGUCGGAUCCAGGUGCCAGUGCCCUUUUUGCAGGAGCUGAUGGGCGUAAGCCUGCUGGAGGACAUAUACUUGCACAUGCAUCGACAACUAGAAUCCUCUUGAGAAAAGGUCGUGGAGAGGAACGUGUUGCCAAAGUCGUAGAUUCUCCUGAUUGCCCAGAACGUGAAGCGACAUAUAUUAUUACAACCGGCGGUAUCAACGAUCCUGAAAAGGCCUAA